AUAUUGGGUAGUUAGUUGUUUCUCAGGUUCCCUGAGGACUUGUUAUUGUGUUUGGACUCGUUAUAGAGAUGAUGUUUAAACUCGAGCUUGUUGCAUACAUCCCUCUUUAUUAAUCAAUAGUGUAUUCAAUGGAAAUUAUAAACUCCAUUGUUUUUUUUUUUUUUUUUUUGCUAGCAUUACCAUCUACGCUCUUGUCACAUAAGUCACCGUCAAUAGGAAUGGCCAACAUCUUUUUUGUUUAUAAAUUAUGCUUUUUUCAUCUCAUCAUAUUCAUUAGUUCAUAAUCCUUGUUGAAAUUCAUAUCUGAAUGUCUAUAUUUAUCCUUUGCAUUAAUUCUUCAUGCUUUCACAUACCAAAAUCAUCGUAAUAUCGUUGAUCAACUCUUUUUUAUUUUUUUACAUGGAUGAUCCGGACAAUCAUCACACUGAUCGGAAGUUAUGGGGCAAUGGGUUAGAGGAUACUCUUAUUGAGAUGAUGCAUGAGGAUGUUAUUAGUGGGAAAGUACGGGCGGGAAAGUUCAGCCGUGGAAAUCACGUGUUGUAUGCUCAACACCUUAGUACUUUGGGUUCAAAGCUAUUUAACGACGAACAAGUGAAGGAGAAAAUCAAGCGGUUGAAGAAGAAGCAGCGCAUGUUCACCAAUUUGAUGGGACAAACGGGUAUGAGAUGGGACCCUUACACCAAAACUGUGAUAGGCAGUGACGAGCAUUGGGCAAAUGCCAUCGGAGUGAAAAGUGACUGGAAGUAUUUCCGGAAUGCGAGUUGCCCAUUGUACGUCGAGCUAUGCAUGAUCUUUGGCUCAUCAGUCGCCACCGGCACACAAUCGAGAGUGCAUGAUUUUUCAAAUUCCAUUGACAUAUCCCGUCGCCCUAGUGAACAAAAGGGACAGGCCAACCCAUAUCAAGAAGACUUAUGCAGAUACCUCGAGGAGGUGAAGAACACGUCCGUCGCACGCCGCAAGUGCUACGAGGGCUGGGCUAAGGCUUCCACAUCAAAGCGGAGCAAAGGGUCUAUGGACAGCGAUGAUACCUUUCGUCCCUUUGCGCGUUGUGUCACUUUGCUGCAGAAGAUUGAGCCCAAGUUGCCGGUGGAUAAUUUUUUCCGUGCCUAUGACGUGCUACGUGAAUCAUCCGCUGAGCAGCGGGGCUUUUUACAUAUGGAUGGCGAGCAUCGGCGGCUGUGGGCCAUGCGUUGUUGACUUUUAUAAUUUCUGUCAGUUCUAUGUUUUUAUUUGAAAACACCCGUUUCUUGUUUUUCUGUUGUUCUCUAUUUUUACUUGUUUAUGUGAUUUAUAUUUGGACUGUUGGUUGUUUUUUUAUGACUGGUAUCUGAAAAUUCUGGGGUGUUUUACUUCUAUUCUGUUGGUCUUUUGAGGUACAGAGCUGAUCAAUGUGUAUUUCUUUGGUGUAUCCUUUAUUAAUGUGUAAAAUUAACAUUGAAUCUAUGUGUUUAGUCUGUUAUGCUAUUACUACCAGGUAUGUUUAUCUUUUCUGUUAUUCUGAGUGAGCUAGUAUAAUAAUUUGUAUCAUUGGAUGAUUUUUAACAUGAGUUUUCCAUUUUGUAGGUGCUGUUGUUGCUCUUCUUUAUGCACCAAAAGAUUUAUUUCUAAGCUGCCACACGUUAAAUGGUACAAUUAGGU